AUGGAGGCAGCCGGUCUAGCUUCGAGUAUACUAACGUUCAUUGACGUGUCUUACAAGAUAGCCAAAGGAACCUACGAGAUUUACCAGUCUGCGACUGGGGUCACUGCCGAGAACGCCCAUGUCAGUAAUAUCAUCACCGACCUGGAAGACGCCGCCGCAGGACUGGGCACAGUUUUCAAAGGACAUCAUGCCGAGUUAGAAAACUUAUCAAACCAGUGCCGAACCUUAUCAGUCGAUCUGUUGAAGCUUCUUGGAAGACUAGAGAGACGUGAAAAGAAGCUCUCUCACAGUUUCAAGGCCGCAAUUGUUUGCGCGCGGAAGCAGAAAGAUAUCGCUUCGAUUGAGAAGAGGCUGGACCAGUACCGACAACAGAUCAUGCUCCAUCUUACACUCAACACUUACCGAGAUGAAUCGCCAAUCAAGGCCCGACUCGACCGAAUACGAGACGACAGCAGUCACUUCGCAAAUGAGCACGCUGCCAAGCUGGAUGCACUGCAAAAUCAACUUUCCAAAGUGCUAGGGGGUGUGGAGAGAGCCAAUUCGCGACUGUUCUUGGACAAGCAGGUCUCAAGAGUUCAGGAGUCCAACAAGGCAUACCUGAGCCCUAUCAACGGACUCCACCGAGACGAAUCUGCCGAAGAAGCAUCCCACAGAACAACCCACGAUGAUGGGCAUGCGCCACGGGCCACUGAUCUGGGAUAUCUUGCAAGACUUCUCAAUGACUUGAAAACGUGUGCCAAUACCAUCGAAGUGGAGAACAAAAUACUCCAGAACUUGUACUUUGAUACAAUUUUCCAGAGAGAGCGCAGCAUCUCCGAGGCUACAUCAAAUACCUUCGGAUGGACAGUCAAGAGUCUUCUAUCACCUGCGAUUUCAAGAUCAGCUGAUACGGAUCAAUUGCGUUCUACCAAAGAGUCCAGACGAUUCUCUUCCUCCAGCUCCUCGUCAGAAACAAGCGAUAGAACCGUGGUUGAGCACGCUUUCAACACUUGGAAGGAGAAACUACUUCUAGAGACUCAGAGACGGGAGGCUAUGGCUAGAUCCCUGCAUUCCUUCCUGAAAGAUGAAGGAGAGGUCUUCUUCAUUUGCGGCAAAGCAGGCAGUGGAAAGUCAACGCUCAUGAAGUUUCUUAGUCAGCACUCCAGCGUGAGAGAAACCCUGGCAAGUUGCGCCAAUGGACGAAAGCUCGUUCUCAUCAACACUUUCUUCUGGAGUUCUGGCGACCCUUUGCAGAAAUCUCUGGAAGGACUCUACCGCACCAUACUCUUUCACACGUUGAGGCAGUGUCCCGAAUUGCUCGAAACAUUCAUCUCGACUCUGGCCGGCACAGCCUCCUCCUCUCUGUCGGCAGCCAUGUCACUGUCUGAGUUGAAGGCGGCCUUCAGUCGAAUGCAGUUGCUCGAGGACGCCGCAAGCUACUUCUUCUGCUACUUUAUUGAUGGGCUCGAUGAAUAUGAGGGAGACUCUCUCGAUCACAAACAUCUUGCAGAGAUGCUAAGAGCAUGGGCUCGGGCUGAUAACGUCAAGGUGGUAUGCUCUGCCCGGCCAUCCGCGGUCACUCUCGACAUUUUUGGCGCCAGCAAUACGUUCUUUGAGCUUCACGACUUGACAAAGGCCGAUAUAUAUGCUUUUGCCAAAACUCAAUUCGAGGAGCAUUUAAGAGAGCCUGCCUUCGAAACAGGUCAGGCAGCAUGUCUAGGCAUGCUUCAGACGAUAGCGGAACGCGCCGAUGGCGUCUUCCUCUGGGCCAGCCUUGUCGUCCGGGCUUUGUUGAACGCAGUUUUGGAACACGAAGACGAGUUUUCGAUUCGUAGGAGGUUGGAAGAGUGCCCGCAAAGUCUCAGCCAACUUUUCCGUCAGAUGCUCGAUGCCAUUGAUCCUUCUCCAUCAGUGAGAUUACGUUCAGAGUUCCUCUUACAGCUGGUAGCAAGCCGAGAGGCUCCCAUAGUCCAUUUCAACGCCCUCACUCUCUCAUGGCUGGAUGAAUCUCGGACUUUCCAAGCUCUCCUGGGUUUACCCAAGCGCUCGAAUCACGAGAGGUACACGGCGAGCCGUAUUGCAACAGAGCAAAAGAGGGCACGGAGUCAGCUCCACACCUUGACAAGGGGCCUGCUUAAUAUGGAAACAAACCAAAGCGUGGCAUACCUGGUGAGCAACAAAUACGGUUAUCCGUCCUACUAUCGAUUCCAGCUUGGCUUUUUCCAUCGAACCGUCAAGGACUUUCUUACGGAAGAAUGGUUGCCAAGCCUGACCCAACGGCCGCUCAUGACGUCUCAGCAAGAGGCGGCAGUAAAGGCGGAGCUGCUUAUAGCAGAGAUCAAACAUUGCCCUGAACCGCACCUCGGCUUGUGGAAAGCAGUCUAUCCUGCGUGUUACUUCAACAUGUUGGACUUCUUCACGUCUUUCCGACUCUCUCCAAUUCGGGAACUUGGUCUUUUUACCGCACUUGUUCAAGAAAUGGCGGAUGCCGUCUGCGGCACAAAUGAUGCAAGAGCUGCACGAAGCGAACAACAAGACUCCAUACGUUGGUUAUCACACAAUAUGCUAGUCCCGGAGCGUGAGCAACCGCACUACAAAGAUCCACCUGAGUUGGCACUUUUUUCGUUUCUGCACCUCGCUGCGACUCUUGGGUUGACUGAGUACGUCAAGGAGAGUAUUGCGAGUGUGGAAAGUCCGACUGCGGUUGACACAUCUGACAUCAACCUACUGUUAUCAGGCGCUUACUCGGCAAAUCUGGCUUUAAUAGAUUUCCUACUUCAGAAAGACUGGCAUCCGAGUGAUCUCAUUUCAAGCCGUGGUCUCAAAUCUUCCUCGAUGCCGGAAGGAGGCCUUGUAAGUGUCUGGGAGGCCUUCUUGCACUCAGUCGCAUGUCUUUUGACCACUUUCUGCGCUAGCGAGUUUCGAGGCCCUGUUUGGAAAGCCGUGCCACUAGUAGACUGCGACGAGCUGUUGAACGAUAAUUUCGCAAUAGUCGAAAGCUUCCUACGCUCCGGUGCAGAUCCCAGAGUGGAGAUCCUUGUUCGCGAUCAGGAUAAUGCAACCGAUCUUGCACAUCCUGAACAAGAAACACAAGCCCGAAGACUCGCUAGGCCAGCCUAUAGGGUAUCCCUUUCUCACAUUGUGCAACUGGUUCAGCCUAAAAACAUAGUAGCACUCCAGACUCUUUCAACCAAUAGGGCGAAGUCUAAGCGGAACGUCAUUCGCAAGAUGCUGAGUCACAGGACGAUGAGACAGCCGAGACAUCAAGUCGAACUCGCGGGAUAUCCUAUGGUUACUAUGGAUUAUCUCUUCACGGCGAAAUGGGAAGUUACAGGUCUUGUUUCGCUGGGAGCGGAUCAUGUUUAUAUCAAUUUCGGGAAUGCGGGGUUCGUAACCAGGAGGGAUUGACUACACAAGCUCUUCAGAGCGCCACCUUGAGUCAUUGUGGAGGCAUCUUAAAGCAAUGGUUUCGCAGGGUAUUUAUAGAGUUCCAUUACUUUGUCAGUGGCAAUGUUGUCAGCCACUAUCGCGGUAGACCAGACAGAGCUGGACCUAUUCCGGUGAUGUUUCAUACACGAUCUGUACACUAGAAGACCUGGCCCUUGGUCUGUUGCACCUUCGCCACAUUGACAUUCUUCCACAAAAAGACGCAAGCAAGCGCCAGGGGCAUGAAAGCCGCACCGCAAAUAACCAUGUGACGCUGAACAUCUCC